CCAUUGUUAUUGGUCUGUGAUUCAUAAAAAAAAAAGUUUUUGAGGUCUCGCCUGUCUGAUUGAAAUUUAUCUCUAGAAUUGAAUUUGUCAUUUUAUCUCACGAAAUUUGUAAAAUUGAAACGCAUAUUCGCCGAAAAAUCUAAUUUAUCCAGCAAUAAUUGCCAUUGAGCUGUGAGGCUACGCCCUGUUUUGUAAGGACAGUAUUGUUGGCUUUAGCUUUCAACAUAGGCCUAUCAGACACUGCCGUUAUGGAUAUGAUGGUAUCGACUUUACAGCAGCAACGUGCUGUGACAGAACAGCUACGAAGAGAGGCUUCGAUAAAACGCAUUCCUGUUUCUGUAGCCGUUGCUGAUAUAGUACGAUUUAUAAAUGAGCAUGAACAAGAGGAUUGUCUCCUAGUCGGAUUUUCGAGCCAAAAAGUAAAUCCCUUUAGAGAGAAAAGUUCUUGCACUGUCCUGUAAGCUUUGUUUUAUAUUGUAUCAAUUGCAUAUUCUGUUUAGCAAUCAAAAGUUGAAUCAACACCUUAAUUUUUCCUAUGUAAUUAUGUAUAUUGUGGAUCAUUUUGUGUGUUACAAUAAUUUUUUAAGUUACCCAUCUUGCUUUUAUUUCUUCUAAAGAUUGUCUCACUAUUUUUAAGGUGUAUCAUGUAAUUAACUGUUUGUAAUUUAUUAAAUGAAAAACUGAAA